GAUUCACUUUUACCAUCAGCUGCACAUGAAGCAGCUUUCUGCAGCUACACACAGAAGCAUUUCACAUCUCGGCAAAAGACAGGACACUCAUCAAAGAAAGCAAAGCAGUCAUUCAGCUUAUACUAGCCAUUCAGUUGUGUUCUGGUGAAAAGAAGAAAAAACAUGAAUUAUCAGUCUGUAAGAAAAGGCAUCACCUGUCCUCCGCAAGAUGCCAAUUGCUCCAGGAUACUGGAAUCUUUAAACUCCUGGAAUAACUCAGAAGUUAAUUCUUAUAAACUAGUGGAACUGCCACCAAUUGUUACUACGGAAACACCUCAGUAUGAGAUUCACCAUGUCUAUCCGACGGUUGAUGUUCCAGACCAUGUGCAUUAUGUAGUUGGUGCUGUCAUCCUUGCAGUGGGAAUUACAGGCAUGCUGGGAAAUUUUCUAGUCAUCUAUGCUUUCUGCAGAAGUAGGAGCCUUCGAUCUCCUGCAAAUAUGUUCAUCAUCAACCUAGCUAUCACUGAUUUCUUAAUGUCUGUAACUCAGGCACCAGUAUUUUUUGCAACUAGUCUGCAUAAAAGAUGGAUCUUUGGAGAGAAAGGUUGCGAGCUAUAUGCUUUUUGUGGAGCCCUUUUUGGAAUUACUUCCAUGAUCACACUGAUGGUGAUUGCUUUGGAUAGGUAUUUUGUGAUCACACGACCACUCACCUCUAUUGGUGUUAUGUCCAAGAAAAGGGCAGUGCUAAUCCUUUCAGGUGUUUGGCUGUAUUCUCUGGCAUGGAGUCUGCCUCCCUUCUUUGGUUGGAGUGCAUAUGUGCCCGAGGGUCUCCUGACAUCCUGCACCUGGGAUUAUAUGACCUUCACUCCAUCUGUUCGAGCAUAUACCAUGCUUCUCUUCUGUUUUGUUUUCUUCAUUCCUCUUUUUAUCAUUAUAUAUUGCUACAUCUUUAUCUUCAAGGCCAUCAAAAAUACAAACAGGGCAGUUCAGAAAAUAGGCACAGAUGACAAUAAGGAAUCUCAUAAACAGUAUCAGAAAAUGAAGAAUGAAUGGAAAAUGGCAAAAAUUGCUCUGAUUGUAAUCCUCCUUUAUGUUGUUUCAUGGUCACCAUAUUCUACAGUGGCCCUUGUGGCCUUUGCAGGAUAUGCAAGUGUCUUAACACCAUACAUGAACUCUGUGCCGGCUGUGAUUGCAAAAGCUUCUGCCAUUCACAAUCCUAUCAUCUAUGCAAUUACACAUCCCAAAUAUCGGAUGGCAAUUGCAAAAUAUAUUCCUUGCCUGGGAUCAUUGCUAAGAGUAAAACGCAGAGACUCCAGGUCCUACAGCAGUUACCCUUCUUCUCGGCGUUCCACUGUUACCAGCCACUGUAGCCAGUCCUCUGACGUGGGUGGGCAUCCCAAGCUCAAAAAUCAUUUGCCAAGUGUCUCAGACAGUGAAUCGGGCUGGACUGAUACUGAAGCUGAUAGUAGUGUGAACUCCAGACCAGCCAGUAGGCAGGUUUCCUAUGAAAUGGGCAAAGACACCACUGAGACCAAUGAUUUAAAAUCCAAAGCUAAGCUGAAAAGUCAUGAUUCUGGAAUUUUUGAGAAGACAUCCAUGGAUGCAGAUGAUAUUUCCUUGGUGGAACUUGGGACAGUUGAUCGAAGUUCUCCCAUUAUGGCAAAUAAACAUUUGAACGGCCUGGGGCAAAGAAAGGGUGACUCUUUCACUAGACGAUCCCCAUCAUCACGCAUUCCAAGUAUUGUUGUGACGCACAGCAACCACCAAGGGAGCCCAGCCGCAGUGAGGCAUAAUUCAACCUUGCCUGGUAUUAAAGUCAGCAACAGUCAAGAUCGAGAGAAGGAACUCAAAAGGCAAAUAGAGAAAGUUAAGCAGUAUGUGCCCAUUGUGACCAUCACCUCUGACACAGAAAAUAGCACAGGAGGUUUUUCAAAUGAAUUACUACCUGCAAACACAUCUUGAAAAAGGCUACCUAAAGGGAGUCGAUUCCAUAUAGUUUUUGUUUUAAUUGUCUUAUCCUUUAACUGUGUUCUCAGUUUUUCUUAUUGCUAUUGCACUCCAUGUUGAAGCUAUUGUUGCAUAAAUAUUAAAAAUGGCUACUGUAUUGUCCUGUGGAAAAUUGAUGUGAUCAUCAAACUUUUGCACCGAUAACUAUACUAUUUUAUAGAGUGUUUGGCUGGAUAGUGAAAGGAACGUGAAUGCAAGGAUAUUUAGAGAUACACAUGCAAAUGUGACUUUAUUUAUUUAUAUAUAUAUCUAAAACACCCAUAACAAAGGCAAAAGUAAAUGAAUUUAAAUUUAUAAAAACUUUAAUUCUUGCAACAAUUUGGAAUUUGUGUCUUGUACUAUAAGACAGUUUUACGCAAGAAUCAUCCACAACUCUAGCUUAGUUUGCAAUCUCUCCUGGCAUUGUGGGUCAAUUGAAAGAGUAGAUUUUAUCACAAGCCUUUUGUUUUAUUUUAACAAAUGAUAUACAGUAUAGUGAUGAGUGACUUUUUUUGGCAGGCAUGGAUUUGCAGCGAAUUUUCCACAUUUUCGCAUUGACAAACUGUUUUGCAAAAUUUCUGUGAAAAUUUGGUGCAAAAAAUAUUGUUGCGCAUCAAAGUUGUGGUGGUGGCAAAAUAGGCCACGCAACAAAUGAUCACGCGACACUCGCGUUUUGUGAAUUUUUCGUUGUUUGGUGAUUUUUUCGCUAGUUUCGCGAAUUUUUCAAAGUAUCAAAAUGGGACAGAUCCAUUCAUCACUAAUGAUAUGGCAAUAAAACAUCAGUGGGCGCAAUAUCAGAUUUGCAGUCCUAAUAGUCUGCUUGUCAUUGCUGUAUUUCCAGGAUAUGCCUAUCCUACCAGAGUACCAGUAGACCCCCAUUCAGCCUAUGCUUUAGUGGGCCCCAGCCUAGGAAUAUUCCUAUCAGCCCAUCCAUAUAGGAUUAUAAGAACCUAUAUCUAUUUAUGAGAGUGUACCCAAAGUGGUAGGACCUCUGGUGGGCCCUAAGAGAUACUUUUCACAAGCACCAUUGGCUCUGAAACAUUGUGGCGGGUUACUUAUUACAGUAACUAUACAAUAACAAGACCAUAGUGAUAUAUUACAUAUUAAAACAUGUGCCUAAAAGGUUGUAAGUUCCAGCCCAGUAUCUUAGAAAUAACUGAAUAGUUCUGUAAUACUAAAAGUGCCAGAGCAGACUAUCUGCCAUAUUAUAGUGUUUUUCUCUUGUGUACAACAUGGAGCAGAUUUAUCAUUGGUUCAAUGAGAGCCCUUGCUAGUGAUGAGCAAAUUUUUUCGCCAGGCAUGGAUUCGCAGCAAAUUUCCACAUUUUGCUACUGGCAAAUUGUUUUCAAGAACCGAAAAAUUGGGCGCGCGUCAAAAAAAGUUGCAGUCAUGUCAAAUUGGGCACGGUCGGGUCAAAAUUGAGUGCGGAAAAAUAGGCACGGUUACAUAAAAAAAAGACACUGCUGACAUAAAUAGACAUGGGUGACAAAAAAAGAGGCGGAUGACAAAACAGUUGCACGGCAAAUGCACAAAUUUUCCUGUCGUUUCGCAAAUUUUCCGGCGGAGUGAAACGGGUAGAUUCCCUCGAGAUUUAUGAAGCCCAAAAAUUCAAAUGUUAAAACUUGGCGUUUAAAAGCUGGUGAGUUAAUGCAGGAGUUGUCCUAUCAAAUGCAAAUUAUUUUUUCAAAUUAAGUUUUUAAAUUUUUUAAAAAAGUUGGUUGAAUGAUGAGUAAAAUGCAAUUUUGCUUUGCUGAGUUUUUUUUUUACAUUUUUUAAUUUGAUUGAGUUUUUGAGGUCUAAGUUUUUUAAUAAAUAAGAAGAAAGAAGAAUUUUUUUUCUCUAAAUAAAAUGCACUCUGUAAGGAAGGGGACUGCAGCUAUUCACUAUAUAUGAGCUCCCUUCUCAGCCUUUAAAUAUUUAAAACACUGCUACAAAUGUUUUGGUUAUUUGUUUUCCUAUGUAAUGGCACUGCUGACUACUGACAAUUAAAACAUUAGCAGAAAUUAAAAACACAACUAUAUAUAUAUAUAAGCAUAGUUUUAAAUAUUAUGGUAACAACUGUAUGGCAUUGUUUAUGUUUUAGCUAGUAUAUGCAUUUUAUGGUUACCUGUUAUAUUAAUGCCAUGGACCAAAGAUUGAGAUGCAAUGAUGUAAAGCUCCCAGGCUAUUCCAAACAAUUAUUGUUAAUUUGUCAAUGAUAACAAAUAUUAUCAAAUUGUGGAACAUUUAUAUAUGUCUGUAUAAUAACAACACAUAUAUUAUACUAUUGGUAUUCCUAA